UUUUCCCUCCUCACUUGCUCUCUGUAUCUCCCCCUUUCUCUCUGCCUCCCUCUCUCAUUCCCUUUCUCCACUGACAGAGAGAGAGAUGAUCGGAGGAGCAGAGUCUCAGUGAACAGAGCGAAGCGAUGGAGAGAUGCUCCAUCUCUCCUGUCGCACGACUGACUGCCCUCGUCUCCCUCCUCCUGAUUGCUCUGGUGACACAGCCCUCCACCUGUAACCGGGACGACGCUGAGGGCGAGGAGCAGGUGGACGCCCUGCCGGUCCAGCUGUCCGUCACAGCCCAGGUCACACCCACACCUCUCUGGGCGGUGGACUGGGGUCCCACGCAGGAGGACCAGACCUACCACUUCCUCUCAAGCCAGGAAACUGACCCCCUGCACCAUCACAGGAGCCAGCAGGAGACCGGCCCCGCCACGUCCGAGGACUGGCCUCAUCCCGGUGCAAGCGUGCAGCCCCGUGAGGAGACACCGUUGGAGUCCAGAGAGGAGGAGGAGGGAGUGGAGGAUGGAGGGACGGAGGCGGAGGAGACGGAGCCUGAGGAAGUGGACCCUCAGUUCUACGUCACCGUGAUCAUCUCCUCGCUGCUCAUCCUGACGGCUGUCGUCAUUAUAGCCAAACUCUGUUAUGAUCGCAGUUGUUCCCAGCAUCCACCCCCGCUCUCUCGUGGUGUGGCGCCCCCCCUCACGCUCGCGCUCCCUCGCUCCCUCGCUUCAGAGGACAGCCGGCAGACGUUGCACAGCACCUCCUCCUCCUUCACCGACAGGGAGAGGAUCCCAGUUGUGAACCUCUGAGGUGACUGUUUUUCCAUAUGGUAAACAUUUCUACGGGGCCCGAGGAGGAGCAUCAACACGACCAGAGGACGUGCCCGCAGUGCUGUUUUUUAUUUUUCUCUGAAACUGUGAAAUGAAUUCAGGGAUCCCAGGUGUGCAGCCAUGACAAAACUCCUUGGCUUCCCUGAGGUCUGAAAACCCCAAACUCAUCUUCCUGCUCGUCCUUCCUGCUGUACUUCCUUCCUUCCUUCCUACUCCCUUUGUUGGGUCUGAAUUCCUGUCUGUGUCUCUGCGUCACUGUCACCUGCUCCGUUUUACAUCCUCUGAAUGGCCUCGAGCUUCCCGAAGCUUCCCGACCGCUCUGUGCAUCGACCUGCCAUGACUAAUUCACAAACAAGCCGUUUAACAGCCAUCGCAGCAUCCCAUUACCCCUGAAAUGCCCUACCUGUGCUUCCACAACUGUUUCCACUGAUUCAGCUGCACACACGAUGUUAAAUAUCGUCUAGGAGACUGUUCCUUCAUGAAGUGACACUCAAAUUCAUCGCAGUGUAUAGCAGGGCUUGUAUCUGGCUUACAAAUGGUUAAAAAAAAGCCUUUCUGAGCAUCUCCAAACACAGAACGAGGUAUUUCACAAAGCUGUUUGGCACGGCUGUAGCCAACAGGCAAUGCGUUUAACAUGUCACGCUCCAAAAACUGCUGUUUAUUCCCCGCUUCAGGCGCCUGGAAUGCAAAUACUGUGGCUCCCGCCCCCCCUGCAGUGUAGAAGAGUCUGUUUUGUCUCAGUUUUUCCUCAUGAUUUGUUCCCUUAAUUAUCUGGCUGACGUGCACCUCUUUGUCGAGCCUUUUGCGAGCACCCUUUGUUCCCGCUGGACCGUGUAGAGGUGUGUUAUAGGCGUAAAAGUACUUCCACUGGCGGAGAUGAAAUAUCGAAAAUGGGAACGGAUAGAAGAGGCAUUCCCAGCUGAUAAUCAAUGAGUCCCAAAGGUUUCUGGAUGGUGCGCAGCAAAGACAGAUUGACGUCUUCAUAGAAAGGAGAACUCAAAAGGACUGAUGUUGCCACAGCAAGGAUUUCUUCCCCCCCACCUGACAGCCAAGAAUCCCAAAUCUGGAAAAGCAAAACCGCCGUCAUUUCCUGAUCAAGUUUCUGUAUUUCAGCCGUCUCGGGUGCACCGGGGAAAAGUGGGCACAUCAAGCAGCAUCGUUUCUGUCUCUCCAGUGAAUCUGCAUGUACACAGUUAGGACAUCUGUGAGAGUUUCUUCAAAUCUAUUAUUUAUAAAUGUCUAUUUUAUCUAUCAGUGAAGAGAUGUCUUAUAGAAACCUUUCAAAGCCAGAUGUCAAGUGUGCGUUUGGCAACUUUUCUAAGCAGCUUUGAGACAUGAACCCUCCACUGACACACAUUUCCACAACAGACAUAGUGCUGGUGGCAUCAUGCGUGGCUCGUGCUUUUAGUAGCAUUCCUGUAGAAGUGUGGUCUGUACCAUGGAAGUUCAAUAAAGACUCAAAACUGGUGUUUUA